GCUGUGUGAGGCUGCUAUAGCAGCUCCAAAGCCUCCCAAGGUUGUAUUAUAUAAAAUUCUAAGAGGUAUAAAAACUCUUGCUGUUCCAGUUAAUAAAAGGGAGAAGCAUCCUAGAGCUUCCCAAUCAAAUCAUAA